AUGUUUUCUCCCUCAGAUGAAAAGAUAAUAGAGUAUAUCGAUGCAGGUCAAUAUACAAUUGCUCAAUCCUCUUUACUUGAGAAGAUCAAAAAACACCCAAAUAAAACCAUUUAUCGAGCGUUAUUAAAUAAGAUCUUGUACAAAACUGGAUCUAAAGACAAGGCCAUUGAAAAUAACUUGGCCUUAUUGCAAAGCGUUCCAAAUGAAAUCAACACCGUGAUUGAGCUUAAUGAAUUUUUCAAGUCAGUAGAGAUGCCAAAAGAGGCUGAUUUAUGUUUUGAAAAACCAAUUCAGAAAUAUCCAAUAUUGGCUCAAGAAUUGAGCACCAUUUGGUUUGAAAAUUCAAUCCCUGAUUUGAAUGUGAAACAAUUUAACAAAAUCUUUUCAUUUUUGAACAAAAGUAAAAAAGAUCGAAAGUAUACUUUUUGGUACAGUUUUAGUUUCUACUUGUUGAUAAAGCAAGGUGAAGAGAACGAAGAAGAUUCUAAAUUGAAAUUGUAUAAGCAAUUUGGCAAGAAAUUGAUUGAGGGAUUGGUGGAGAAGGAGCUAUUUGUUAACUGCCAAGAGUUGUUUGUGUAUACACGAUUUUUGCUCUUGGAAAAUGAUUACUCCACAAUUGAAUCAGUAUUAAGUGAUGUCAAAUUCCCAUUGGAUUUGGAAAUGCAAUUACUUUAUAUGGAAGCUAUGGGUAAAAAUGAGAAUUGGACUCAACUUUACAAUCAUACCAGCAAAUUAUUACUAGAGGAUAAGUUUGAUGAUUAUGAUACUUGGCAAUUGUGGAUCAAAGCUGGACAAGAACUUGGCAUCAGUUAUCACGACCUUCAAUCAAAAUUGGGUGGCAGUAGGAACGAAUUGUUGACCAAAAUUGAAUUGGACCUCUUAUACAAAACUGAACAGGAACAAUUACACCACGACAUUGAGACUUAUUUUGCCAAGUUCAAGACCAAGAUGUGUUGUUUUAGUGAUCUUUCCAAGUACAAGGACUAUUUGCCAACAGAAUUUUACAAUAAAGUGAAAAGCUCAACUAAUGCAAUAUUGGCAAACCCACCUCGAGACGACAAGGAUCUUUUCACGCUUGUAAAUAAUCAAAAAUUUGUCCCUCAUGUCAAAAAUGGAAUGAUUUAUCAACACUUUAGAAAAGAAGAGAGUUCCGAAAAUAGAUCCGAGUUUGAUAAUGACCCAUUAAGUGAUGCUCUUUUAAUAUCUAUUCUUGAAAUUUUGUCAGAGAAUCCACUGCCAUCACAUGUUAUCCAAAGCAUCGCCAUUAUAAAGCAACUACUUAUUAAGGACAAGUACAAUUAUAGAUUAAAAGUGUGGUUGAUCAAGCUUUACUCACAACUAAACACCAAUGAUACGAUUUUACCCAUUUACGAGUCAUUAAAGAUCAAAAUGAUUCAACAUGAAACUUUGGGAUACUAUCUUACAAAUAUGGUCCCAGCGACAAAAUCAAGCCUUGAUCAAUUCAUUGACAUUUUCCGUUUUUACCUUACAGCAAAACAUGAAGUAAAACACACAGUAUUGGGAGGAUUUGAGCUGCAAAUAUAUAGCAAGUUGACCAGUUUUAUUCAACUUGGCCAACGAUUACAAAAUUCAGUGACGAUAAACACCAUAUUACAACGAAUCAUUCAAACUUCAUUAAUUCUUUCCGAUAAAGGCUACUUGAACUAUUUCGCUCAUUACUUAAAGGAGAAUGCAAAUUCAAUCUUGUCAUCAUCAACUUGGACAGAUAAUCGAGAUUUCAAUUCGGAAUGGACUGGGCUUGUUGUGAAUUCGAAAUUGGAAGAUGCUAAAUCAAACAAGUUGUGUUCAAUACCAGCGGAUGACAAAACAACUAAACUCAAAUUGAUUAUCUAUGCAAUCGUGUUGGAUAGCUCUGAAGAAGAUUCAAUUGGGUUAUUGAAACAAUUCAACAAAAUUAUAAGCACUUCACAACCUCAUAAUAUCAGUGCUAAUCCAUUCACAGCUACUCUUUUCAAAAUGUAUUACAACUUGUUGAAAAUUCAGACCGAUAUUAAACUGGAUGAAUGCCAAUCAUUAUCCAACUUCAUUUUGAAGAAUUUUAAAAUCGAUAAACUCAAAUCACAAAUCAUGCCAAAGAUUUCUUCCACUUUAUCAUACCAAUUGAAUGAAAAUCUAAUCAAUUUAGUUGAAUUCAUCAAAAUUGUUGGAUUCAUAUCUACACAAUCAAAGGGCAAAACUCAACAGUCGAUCAAGACUACUAAAUCUAUAUUACAAGCAACAACAAAUUUAGUUUCCGAUUUGAAGAAAUUGGAAUUUGUACAGCUACAAUAUGAUGCGAUUGAUGAGCAAGUGACAAGUUUCGGUUUGAAUGAUGAGCUUGGAAUGGGCUUGGAUGAAACGGUAUUAGCAAACACAAUCACUGAAAUCAAAGAGUCGAUUGCUGCGUCGACAAAAUCCAUCUUGAAUAACAUAUAG